ACACUAUAUACACAUGUGUAUAUAUAUGUGUGUAUAUAUAUCAACCAGUUCAGGCUCUUGAAAUUGGAACCGAAAGAUCAACAUAACAAACAAAAAAAAGAGAGGCAAGAAAAGUGACGCACAUAUAUAUAUAUAUACAUAUAAUGGGAAACUGCGGACUCAAACCGAAGGUUCUAACGGACGCCGGAGCUCCGGCACCGGAACAACCCAAAGAGCCUCUCCUCGAAGACCACAAAGCCGGCGCCGAUAAAUCUCUCAGCAACUUGUUCUUGGAGGACGAGGCGAGUAAGAAACUGGUCGGAGAAGAGAAACCCAUGUCGGAGGCAGAGAAGGAGAAGACGGCGCCGGAAACUGGAGAAGAGAAAACAACUUCUACAGGGAAGACAUCGACGGCGGAGACAAGACCGGCGACAGAUUGUGAUGACAGCCCAGCGAAGGAAGAUAAUAAAGUGGUCUAUGUAAUAAAGACCGAGGACGAGAAGGACACGGAGAAAGACGAAAUGGCAGCAUAAACACAGUACUAUACGACCUCAUGGCUUGCAUGAUGAAUCCCUGAUAAUAUAUAUAUAUAAUAUUGGAUUGUAAUCGUUGUUAUUUCGCAUGUUAUUAUUCGCUACGAAAUCUGGAUUUUUUUUAUUAUUAUACAACUUCUAAACU